ACCACCGGAAGCCACACUCGUCUCGUACGCCGUACCGGACCAGUCUUCGCAAUAUUAUAGUUCUUGUAUUAUAUAUCUUUCGUACAUUAUCGAACAUGACAUUCAACGAGAAGUUAGUUUUGUUGUUGGCGUGCACGUCGUUCGCGAUGGUCGCCUGCCAAGUUCCCGGAUUCGGCGGUUGCCCGGAUUUCGACUCCCAGCCCGACUUCGACAUGAACAGGUACUUGGGAACGUGGUACGAAGCCGAACACUAUGUGAACGUUUUCGAAAUCGGAACACGAUGCGUGAAGACCAACUACACCAAAGCCGUCGACGGCCGUUACUUGGUCACCAACGAAAUCAUGAACAGAUUCACCGGAGUGAAACGCGUUUUGGACGGUGAAAUCAGAUUGGUCGUCAAGGGAGCCGAAUCCAAAAUGAACGUCAAGUACACCACCCUGCCAAUCCCGUACACCACUGAACAGAUGAUCUUGGAAACCGAUUACGAUUCCUUCGCCGUCGUCUGGUCUUGCUCGUCUCUGGGCGUUGCCAACACCCAAAACGCGUGGAUCUUGACCCGUGAAAAGUUGGCCCCAGGCACAGUCAUGCAAAAGGCUUACGGAGUUUUGGACAAAUACAAGAUGAGCAGAACUUUCUUCGUCAAGACCGACCAGAACAGCUGCGCCAUCGCCGAGGCCGCCCCGAAUGAGGUGACCGACAACAAAUGGAGAAAGAGGAGCUUGUACUAGGCCAUCCGCAAAGAACUCAACAGUACAAAUGAACAGUUCAUUUUAAUUUAUACUCGUAGGCUUAAGAAUAAUUUAUUUAUUUAUACGACAUAUAAUAUGUAAUAUUGUUAAAUACGAAAACCGACAAAUAAAAUCAAUCAUAUCUGAGUAUGAUUAUAAAAAAAUA